UCAUUGAUGAGGAGCCAAGGAGAAGCUUCAGCUUGGAGCUGUCAUCGGCCCUCUGAACACAUCUGCCUCUCUCUAUCAACCCUCCCUUCCUCUGUCUACGAGCGCGCGAGCGUGUGUGUGUGUGUGUGUGUGUGUGUGUGUAUUCACGGCGAGUGUGUUGUGUUUCUGCAGAACUCGGUGUUGGAGGUGUUUGAAUCGGAGCAGACGGACUGGGAUGCAGGCACCGCCGAGACCGACGCUCCCUCUCCCGGACUGACAGGCCAAUCGCAAGCCACCGUUCGCCCUGCCUCUGAAUCCCUCUCUCUCUCUCCCUCAUCCUCUCUCUCUCUUCCUCUCUCUCUUUUUCUCUCUCUCUCUCUCCAGUUUCAUUCCUUAGCGCUCUGCUCGUGUAUCCCCUCCUCCUCUUCCUCCUCCUCCUCCUCACACCUUUUGGUCAGAAGAGGAAGAGGAAGCCCAGCCCAGGGAGAGACGCUGAGAGGAUGAAACUCUGACACGCCGGCAGACCACAGGGAAACAAGAGCACAACUAUAAUUGCUUGGAAAGAAUCACCCAGGAAGGUCAGCCAAGACUCCCGCUGUAGGUGCCAAAGUGAGAUCUCCAGGACUACAAUUACUCUGGCUGCAGAGCAAAGUGAAUGACAGCAACCCUGCUGACCCGGGACUCGGACCUCUGCAGUGACAACUGAUUUCCAACUCCUAGAGCCUCCCAACAGGUUGUAUCUGACGGAGGAACCGGUGCCGCGCUCCCAUCCUCGCGCUCCUCCAACAACAACAACACUAGGUCAGAGCGAGCACGGCGACAAGGGCAGCCGAACCCGACCGCUUUCUCUCUCGUUCUGUGCUGGUAAACGAUCUCCUCCUGGAGGAUUGUGGGUAAAGUUCUUCAGCACCUUUGGCAGCAGCAGCGAGUCGCGUGACCCCGCUCCAGGCCGACCGGCUUCACCUGUACAUGGAGACCCCCAGCUGGGCAGGAAACACGUUGUGUAAGUCAGGAAGCAUUGCCGUCUUCGGGAACGUGGUGUACAGCGGACUGCUGAACGAUCACCUCUGGCAUUUGGGAGUGCCCCUCUUUACGAGACUGGGUAACCAAGAGGCCACCAACCCUCCUGAAGCGAUGGCCCAGCCCUACACCCCCGCCCAGUACCCGCCUCCCCCACAGAAUGGCAUCCCUGCAGAGUUUGCGGCGCCGCACCCGCUCCCGACGCAGGACUACACCGGGCAGAGCCGGGUGCCCGAGCACGCCAUGACCCUGUACACGCCCACACAGACGCACAGCGAGCCGGCCGGCACUGACAACAGCACGCCCACCAUCACCGCCACCACGACCGCACCGGUCAGUGCCCUGCAUCACCUGCAAACACUGUUCUCAACACGCUGUCAGCAAGUAAAAUAUAUUCUUCUUAUCAUUUUAUACUUCAUUAACUGAUUAACUGUGAUUCUU